CGGUGACCCGCUGUUUUGACUGCAACAGUUUUGCCUGGUGUUCGAUAACUGAUCAUCUACGACUACGUCAUUAAGAAGUCACAUAGUUGCAAUCUGCAGCAUUAAACCAAGAAUGACCUCUUCCAACACGGGGACAUCUCUUACUCCGGGUUCUGAUGCUUUCCUGGACUCACUACUCUCUAUGGUCAACCAAGAGGACAUGAUCGCUAUCCUCAAGGCCCAAUCACAGAUGCUGGAUCGCUUUGAGAAGACCAAUGAGAUGCUCUCGAACUUCAAUAGACUGUCGGCCAAAAGAUACGAGAAGACGUUUGAGCAGUUCAAGGAGCAUACAGAGACUCUCUUGACCAUGAAAAAAGACUUGGAUACCGUGUUCCGCAGGAUAAGAGCACUGAAAAAGAAGUUGGCUACAGAUUAUCCCAGAGCAUUCGUUGCUGCUCUUGAAGACAUCGUCCCGCCUGACCUUGAUGAAGAAGAGGACGAGACUCGGCCAGGACUCUCCCAUUCUCCUUCCAAUCAACAUCAUCAGUCAUCACCUAGACAACAAGAACUACAUCAACAACAACACCAGCAGCAUCUGCAUCCAAAGCAACAACUGCAACAUGCACAACAGGUAACUCAAGCUCAGCAACACCAUCCACGUUCGCUACAAGAACAGAAGCAGCAGUUACUGACAAAGCAACGGUCACUGGACACUAUGAGUCGACCUGGAUCGAGAGAACAGGCUGCAGAUUCUAAAGGCGGGAGUGAUGGUGAUAAAUGACAGAAGUCCAUAUUAAUUGAGCAUUUAAUCUGUGUCAGUGACUGUGUUAUAGCUAUGUGAACUGUUGAUAAUGAUAUUGCCAUAUUUAUAUUUGAUACAAGUUUACACAGCCCAAAGAACAUUUUGAAAACAUUAUGUUUUGUAUUUCUUUGGACACUAGUGGGAAAUUCCUUAAGUGUGGUGUUCAAUUCCUGGACAAUAUACUGUACGCAAAGCACUAUAAAAUCAGGAAGGGCUGAAAAUGCUUGCUCUAUUUGUUGACUUGUAAUUAAAGUGCCAUUGACUUGUCGAGAUAACCUAUCUCGCCAAGUCAACUUAUGAAAAGUUGUAUGUCAAAGUGGUGAGAUACGCUAUCUCGUCAAGUUGACUUAUGGAAAGUUAUAUGUCAACGUGUUGACAUCUAACAAGUUUUAUGGGGAGAUUUAAUUUUAGAUCUUCAUUGAUUGUGCGUGCAUAUGGAUGUUGAUCUGUAGCCAGCCACGCUGCAGCCUGGAUUGAAAGAGGAUGUGUUGCGUGCACGCUGUGGAUAUAAAGGGGUACUCAAGGCUAAAAAUGAUAAGGUUUUAACAGAUAAAGAAAAACUAAACCAAAAAAUAUGAAAAAAAUUUGAUCAAAAUCAGACAGAGAACAAAGCUAUGACAUUUUGAAGAGUUGCAUUGUUUUGGUGAAACAGUUCUAUGCAUGUUGUGGCAUCUUGGUCCUUAUCUGAAGAUGGGGAGUCCUGAAUAACAACAUGUCAAACAAUGAUUUCCAGUGCCAAACUCUAUAUAUAUGCUAAUAGCACCAUAUUUCAGUAUAAACAUUAUAGUCUCAACUAGAUCACAUAGACACAAUAUUGUCACAUCCUUCCCUUUUUGUAGUUUUGGUGAAAGAUUUUUUUUUUAAACAAAAUCAGAAGAUAUUCCAAAACAUUAAGCAGACUACACAUCCUUAUGACCUUUACAUAUCAGAUAAACAUGAAAUGCAUGUAUAAGAAAAAUUUCUUCUUUAUGUGUUCAUGUCCUGGUAGGAUUAAAGUUCCAUUAAAAUUCCACAUCUUUUCAGAUCACUGGAGCAAACAAAAUUUCUAUAACUUCACAUUCACCAGGCAUCUUCCGGAAUUAAAGUUUGUUAAAGUCUAAUGCGUAAUUCACAGUGCAGAAAACAGAAAUCCAAAUUUCCAAGUUUUAAAUAUCACAAGAAGUAUUUUGAAUAUUGACCUAUAGAUCUAAUUAGAUAAAAUUGACAUAAAAUGUGAAAAAUAUGCCAAAAAACAAACAGGUCAAAACUUUUUUUUAAUGCCAGAUUAAGUUCUAAAUUCUUUUACCUCUCUAGAAAUCAUCCUUGGCGAGUCAAGCAUCUCAACGCUAAUGCAGUUGGUUCCCCGGGUGGGUUGACAUCAGUGGACCCCACUCCUCCAGUGUUGGCAGUGGAUUGCUGACCCUCAGUGUGAAGACCUGGCUCUGGUCUAGAGAUGACCAGAACAGGCUGUCUUGACGACUGGAUAGGCGAUGAAGGAUGAUCUGUCUCUGGUCUAAAGAUGACCAGAACAGGGUUGCUUGAUGACUGUGGAUCAAGUGACUGCUAGCCCUCAGGUGUUCUCUGUUACGUCUGUAGAUAGUACAGUCAUGGUCUACCUUAUAAGAGCGUUCAUCUAGUUGAUGAAGUACUACUGCCUUUCUCCAACUGUCUCCUCCAGGACAAAAUGGCUUCAUCCUUACUACAUCACCUUCAGUAAGAACAGGCAAGUCCUUGGCAUGCUUGUUGUUAUACUUUGCCUGUCUCCUUUGGUUUCAUUCCAGCUGCUCUCUCUCAUGUUUUGUUUCUUGAGUCUUGGGAUGCAGGAGAGAUUCAGCUGUUGGAAUUCUUGUCUUGGUCCGGUGUCCCAAGAAACGCUGGGCAGGACUUGAGUCAAGGCCUUGAAUUUCUUGAGUUCAGCAGGCCAAGGUUCAGAUCCUCUCGUGACGAUCUGCACUUCUUCAGCAAUAUCUUUGCUGCCUUCACAGCUGCCCCUGCCUAUCCAUUCACUUGCUACUGUAUGGCGAUAUUGUUGAUGCUUGAUUCCAAGCUCCUUUGCGAAUGUAUCAAAUUCCUUUGAAGAGAAAGGUGGGCCAUUGUCGCUGACCAUGCCGUAUCUGCUGAAAUGAUUACUAAGCUUGGUUGUUAUACUCAAUAGCAGAUGUCUCCAUGUUGACCUUGUCUAAUUCAAAGAAAUGUGAUAAGUAACAGACUGUUACAAGGUUUUCAGUCCCAUCCAGAGUCAUCAGGUCUACACCGAUCUUCUCCCAUGGUCUGUCUGGAACUAGGUGUGACAUGAGUUGUUGAGGAGCUUGAGCACUGGAAUAUUCCGUACAAGUCUCGCAUGUCUGGAUCCAUUCCCUUAUCUCCUGCGUCAUAUUCGGCCAGAAUACAAGCUCCCUAGCUCGACUCAAUGUCCCAUCCACACCAUUGUGACCUACAUGAAGAUUUUUCAUGACCUCUGAAGGUUAACCCAUCAGUCACUGUCAAUUGGUCACAGACGUUGAAGUAUGGAAGUACGAGAGCUGAGGCCCGGUGCUUCUGGUCAUGCCAAUUAUCCAAUAUCGUCUUCUUCAUUGCCUUGAGAGUCUCAUCACUGCUGAUAUGUUGUCUCCAUUCAAGGACCUCUUCUUCUUAUGGUAGUGACAGGUAGGUGACCGAACUAACUACCUCAAGGCUUUCCUGUCCAUUUCUCUGUGGCAGAAAAUAAUGACAUAGCGGAUCAGCAACUAAGUUCUCUUUGCCUCUUACAUAAUGCACAUUGAUGUUGUAAGCCAUUACUCUGAGGAGCAUUCCUUGGAGCUGCUUCGGUGCCCUGUCCAAAGGCUUCUUGACAAUGCUCUCCAGCGGCUUGUGAUCUGUAAAUCUUGACUUCUCGACCAAGGGUGAAUUGAUUCCACUUUUCAAAACUGAAGACAAUGGUGAGCAUCUCCUUUUCAAUCACGUACCUCAAUUCAGCAUCUCUCUGAGCCCUACUGGCAUACGCUAUCGGCUUGCCUCCCUGCAUCGUCACUGCUCCUAAGCCACAUGCUCUUGCAUCUGUCUGGAUGACCAACUCCUUUGACUGGUCGUAGUAGGUUAGUACUGGUGCCUCUAUCAGAGGUUCAUUAAGCUUCUUGAAAGCUUGAUCAUGGACUUUGUCCCAGGUCCAUGCAACAUAGCGAGACAAAUAAUUCACCAUCCCUCUCAAGCGGUCUAUGAUAUCCUUGUUAGCAGGAGCAUUCUUCUUCAAGAUGGCCUCAAUCUUGGACGGGUCUGGUUUCAGUCCAGCACUUGACACAAUAUGUCCAAGAAACUCUCUCUUUACCCCAAACUGGCACUUAUCCUUGUUGAGAACGAUGCCUAUGUCAUGACAUCGGUGCAGUAGCUUGCGUAGACGAGUGGUGUGUUCUAGUUCACUGACACCCCAGACAAAUAUGUUAUCAGCAACACAGCUCACUUCGUCCAGUCCCUCUAGAGUCUGAUGUAACCUCUUCUGAAAAAUCUCAUUGCUCACCCUGAGCCAAACAGCGCUUCCACUGGUAUCGACCUCAGGGCGUAGCAAAUGUCAGAUGACUGGAUGCUUCAUCUAAGACACAAUGCAGGUAACCAUGCUUCAGGUCACAGAGAAUAUGCUUGCUUUCGACAAAUUUGGCAGUAUGCUAUCAAGGACUGGUAGUGGGUAGUGUCUUCAUGUAUAUUCAAUGAGCAAUUGAUGUUAUUUUUAUUAUAUGAAAUUAUGUUAAUUCAAAUUUUGUCCUUCAAGAAUUGAAAAUAUUGGAUUGACAACUGAUUUAAUUCAUUACAGCAACUUAUCUACCAGUAUUAUAAGGGAGAAAUGUCAUACACACGUAUGAAAAUAUGAAAUCUGAUUUUUUUCAUGUAAUCUUUAAAAAAAAGGAAAGUGGGGACAUGACGUCAUCAGUCCUUGUAAUGAAUGCAUAUAAUCGUUUUCAUAAACUAUUGCUGAACAUUCAUAUACAUUAUCAUCAGAUUUUGAUGAAAUUCUCAGCAUUUUGAUCAGUGAUUUUACACUAGUUAUUUAGAUAAAAUUAUUUUCAGCCCAGAGUAUCCCAUAAAAUCUUGCCAUUUACUCUUUAUUUGUCAAUAUAGUGAGAUUACUUGAUAACUAUUUAUAUGUCGACUUGGCGAGAUAAUGUACAGUUGUGCUCAUAAGUUAGUGAACCCUACCAUAAAAUGCACUCCUUUCCUUCUGAGAGUUGAAUGUAGACAACACUACAGUGAUUGGCAAGCCCAGAUAAACAAACUUUAUUGAAUGCAGUAUUUUAUCACCCGACUUUACAAUUAGAUAUCAAAAACAAGGCAGAACUUGAACACUUAUAAUAUUUUCAUUUUCUGGUGGGGUUUGUAUCUUGCAAUGAUUACUUACCUAUUUUUAUAUGGACUUGAGGAGAUAAUGCAUCUCGAAAGGUCAAAGGCACUUUAAAACUUCCUUAAAUAAGUAUAGUAUGAACAUAUUUAGUGUGUUUGAAAUUAAAUAAUUUCCAUUAUUACCCAAUAGCCCUCUCCAGCUAAACAAAAUUUUAAAUUUUUGCAUAACUACCUAGCCCUCCCAGAAGGACCCUUCCUUGCAAAAUUGGCAGAGUCAGAGCUCUUCCGUUUCAUUUUUAUGAAGUCCUUUGUAGAAUCUGUAAAGUAUUUGGUAACCUUGGGAAUUGCAAUAUUUUUGUGUGUUUGUGCCCUAUUGGUACCACCAUUGUUAUAUGGUUAAUUUAUGGAAUGUUUUGACCUAAAGCGUUAUAUCUUUGUAUUUGGUGAUAACUACUUUGUAGUAAGUUAAUAUAUAUUUUUUUAUAAUUUGCAUUAGGUGCUGUUCACGAUACACUGCCUUGUUUCUGUACAUUCCUGCAAAAUACAUUAAUGGUGCAAUUGUGUGUUUGCAGGAGUGACAAAUUGAUAAAGCAACACUAAAUCUUGAAGAAAAAAAAACAUGUUUUUAUUUCUUUACUUUUGUAAUUGUGAUUGCAAUCAGUGUGUAUAUAUAUAUAUAUAUAUAUAUAUAUAUGGCAUUUUGUUCUGAAAUAUUGAUCAAUGUCAGGUUAGCUACAUACAUGUAUGUAGAAUUCUCUCACUCGUACUCAAAUUGAAUUUUGUUUUGAUAUGAAAUAGUUCCCAUAUCAUGAAUGGAUGUAAUAAAAACAGUUUUGGGUUUGGUUUUUUUUUUACAAACAAUAUCCAUGUAGAUCUACAGUAGUUAAAGACCCUAUCCCAAGCGAAAAGUAUUAUUAAUAAAUAUAUACAAAUUGAAAGCUUUUACUAGUAAGCUAAAUAACACAAUUCAAGUUUUAUUUUCACCACUUACCAGCAAAGUAUAUUGAAUUUUUAGAGUAUUCAUACUCUAGAAAUUACCGGGAUUCAGAAAUAGGUUUUGUUGUACUUUAAAGUUCUAACUAGAUGAAUUACAUAUAUUUUUACAUUGAAAAAAAAAUCAAGAUUAUCCAUUACAUUUUUCAGUUAUCUCUUGCAAAAAUGUUAUUGAAAGUAUUUCCUGCUUACAUUUAUGAAACCUACAGUGUACAGUAUAGCUCUGGGCAAUACUUUGCAACUAAUUUGACGAAGAUGUCCAUCUGUAAAGUCUGCUUUGAAAAUGUGUGCAAAAGUUUCACCUGAUAUGGCCAUUAUUACCAAAUAAUAGUCAAAUAAAUUUAAAA